AUGAUCAAUUCCAUGUUAUCCAUUCCGAUCAUCAUUACUUUGUAUGGAUUAUUUUGGAAUAGCUUUGUAGGAGGAGGGAGUCGAGGCGUCUGGAAUCCUACUGAAGUAAAAGAAGAAAGUUUGGAUAAUUUAGAGAAGACUUUUCUAGCUAGAAUUCCCAUUGGUUAUUAUAAAAAGUGCGCAACGGUCACAACGAUUGAAGAAUUAAAAUUACUAGAUCUGCUUGAAGAUAACAAGAAUGAAAAUAAUUCGGACCACAAAUGCUUCUUAAAAUGUUUAUUAGAUGAAACAGGAGUGUUGAAUAGAAAAAACGUUGAUUGUAAAGCUUUUAAUGAAAUAUUAAAUCACAAGAAGAUGACUUUGGAUGAAAAGUUGAAAUCAGAAUAUUUAUGUGAGCAUUGCAAAGAAAAAUAUUUCAAAAAUAAAAAAAUAAAUAAUUAUGAAAUAAGUAAAAUGAGUCAAAAUGGGACAAGUGAUUGCGAACUUGCUUAUGAAUUUAUAAAAUGCGGAAACCAUUUCAAUGAACAGAAACGAACUCGGCGUAGGAGUGGAUCUCGGAAUAAAACUUUCCAACUUAAAGCCAGACAUUGCUCCUUCGAUUUUGCUUCGAUAAUAUAUCCAAAUAUUUUAAAACUAAGAUGCUGAUACAAAAAAAUAAGCGCGUUUAACCAUAUAUGUGUUGAAGCACUAUGCAUCUUCGCUUUAGUAAUUUCAUUCAAUUU